CAUUUCUGUUUGUAAUGGUUGUUUGUUAUUUACAUUGAUCUCUCUCAGUCUCUCUCUUUCUCUGUUAUUUUAUUUUGAUUUUUUCUUUAUUCUUUAUAACAACAACAUCUUAUCAUCAUCUAUCUUCACUCUCUCAUCAUUCUCAUCAUUUUCUAUCAUCAUUCUCAUCCCUACCAACCACAAUCACCACUUUCUGUUGUUUCUCUCCUUUCUGAUUAAUCUUUUUUUUUGUUUUUGUGUUUAGUUUAUUUACUAAUUAAAAAUGGAAAAUAAUUUGGUCAUGUUAUUAGGAAGAUGCAAGUAUAAGUAUCAAACUCAAGCCAAAAAGGACAUCGCCAAUGUAUUAGGCUUUUAUCGGGGAUUACAGCCCAAAUUGGAAAAAUAUACCUUCUCCGACGGUAAAGAACAAGAUUUGGUUCUACUCCAUGGAACUAUUCCAAUCUCGUUUAAAGGGAGCACUUAUCACAUACCUGUGGGUAUAUUUGUCCAAAAAGAUCAUCCCUAUUCACCGCCGAUGUGUUAUGUACGACCAACAUCCGAAAUGGCGAUAAAAAUAUCUAAAUAUGUUGAUCAUGAGGGUAAAAUUUAUCUACCCUAUCUGUCCGAUUGGAAAGCAGAUUCAAGUGAUAUUCUUGGUGCCAUUCAGGUUAUGAUAAUCAUUUUUGGUGAAACACCUCCGGUCUAUCAAAAGCCAAAAACCUCACCAAUGGAACCACAACAACCUUACGUUAAGCCUCCUUAUCCAACUCAAACCUAUUCUCAGUUACCUAAUCAACCAACAACGGUUAAUAUGCCGCCAGUCUCAACCUCUGUGGCCUCACCAUCUUAUCCAAGCGCUAAUCCACCGUAUCCAACCUCAUCAUAUCCAUACAGUAAUUUUCCUAAUUCCGAUUCAUCUUAUCCACCAAUCCAAAACCCAUCAUAUCCUGGAUAUCCUGGUUACCCACCAUCAACUGGUUAUAAUCAACAAUCUACUGUUAACAGCCAAACCUCAACACCUUCAGCAAAUACUAGAACAAUUACCGAAGAGCAUAUUCGAGCUUCCUUGAUUACCGCAGUUAAUGAUAAAGUAAAGGAAAGAUUAAGGGAAAGAUUGGGACGAGUUUACGCUGAGAAUGAUGUACUUGGUAAAUACUCGGAUGAUCUAGGUCGCGGUAAACAGAAAUUGGAAUCAUUGAUGAAACGAAUGGAACAAGAUAAAAUUGAUUUGGAAAAUUGUAAACAAACUCUCAAGACAAAAACCGCUCAAAUUGAUGAAUUAAUUGUCAAACUUGAAAAUGAACAAAAAGUUAAUGCCAUAGACGAUGCGUUUGGUCCUCAAGAACCUUUAUAUAAACAAUUGUUAAAUGCCUUCGCUGAGGAAAAUGCAACUGUAGAUGCCAUAUAUUACUUAGGAGAAGCUCGAAGAAAAGGUGUCAUUGAUUUAGAUGCUUUUCUCAAGAAUGUUCGUGAAUUAUCAAGAAGACAAUUUAUGCUUCGAGCGUUGAUGCAAAAGUGUCGAGAGAAAGCCGGUCUACCCUAUUAAUAUACAGAUAAACACGCUCGCUAAAAGGAUAAUCAUUGUUUCAUCUUUCGUUUAAAGGAAAAGAAAAAGUUUCAUCACAACUCAUCAUGCUACUGAUAUUCAUCAGAGAUAGUCCAUUAUUUUGUUGAAGAAAUGUUAAUGCUGAUGAUUAUCAUAAUCUCUUUGGGUCUUUUCUGUUAAUUAAGUUAUCAUUCUGUCUUUUCUUUCACGCAAUCAAUUAGAGGUGAGAGAGGCAUUAGAGGAAAAGGAAAUGGGAAGACAAACAUAAUUGUACUAAACAAACAUCAAAAGCUCAUCAACAUCAAGUUUCUCUCUUUCUUUCUCUUGAUAUUUAAAAAUUAAGACCAAUAUAUUCAACAAUCUCUAAAUUAUGCUGAUGAUUAAUUCCUACAAAAAAUGAUGUGAGAAAUUAAGAAAUCAGAAUUAAUUGUUGGUCAUCUUCUUUAAUCACUAAUAUUUAUCUUAAUUUUCUCCUUAUUUUCCAUUGUACGAUUAUGUAAUAUAAAUUAUAAUUGAAAAAGUGAAAAAUAAUUAACAGGUAAACAUAACAACAAGACCGUAAAUCACAUAACAUUUUCACACCAUUUAAAUGCUAUCAUUUUUUUUUUCUUAAAUCUCAAUUUUUAUCAUGUUAGAAUUGAAAUUUCAUAUGUAAACUUAAAUGAUGGUUACAAUAAAUCACCGGAGAAAUUAAAGAAAAUAUUGAAAAUCAAUUUAACAUGAAA